AGGAAAUCAAAUUAAAGUGAAACGGAACGUUAUUUGCGUUGCCAUAGCAAUGUUUUGACAACAAAACUGUUUUCCAUUCCAGUAUUACCAGUUUUUUAAUAUAGCAAAAUGUCUUACAGAGAUAUCAGGAACUUUAUCGAGGUGAUGCGCGUGCUGGGGUACCCGCAGGCGAUCUCCAUGGAGAGCUUCCGAAGUGCAAACUGGGCGCUGCUGGAGCCGUGCGUGCGCUGGCUGGCCGCGCGGCUCGACCCCGAUGUGACGCUCGCCGGCAGCGGGGUCACGCUGGAGGGACGCGUCGCCUUCGUAUCACACGCGCUUGAACUCUUCCACUCCCUCGGCAACGUGAAGCUGAGCGGCAAGCGCGUGUACGGUGCGGAUGGGUGGGCGGUGCGCGAGCUGCUGAAGGCGGGCCGGCUGCUGCGCGAUGCGCUCCGAGCGCCCCCGCCCGACGACCUGCGCCCGCACAACGCCGUUCUAUCGUACGACGUCACCGCCAAGAUAAGCGAGAUCAAGCGGGCGCGGUCGCUGGCGACAGAGAUCACCGCUCAGGGCGCCUUCCUCUACGACCUGCUGGCUAAGGAGGCCAACAACAAGGAGCAGCGCGACGCGGCGCUGUCUCGGCCGCUGGACAUGUCGUCGCUGGAGGCGGGGCUGGCGCGCGGGGUGGGCGUGGUCCGCGAGCGCGUUGCGGCGGCGCGUGCGCAGGCGCAGAGUGCGGAGGCAAGCGCAGCCGCGCUAGACGCCAAGCUUGCGCGCCGCCACGCAGACCUGCAGCGCGCUGAGAAACGACUGCACACCGUGCAGAAGAUCAAGCCGGCGUACCAGUCUGAGCUGUCGGCGCUGGAGCGGGAGAUCGCGGAUCUGUGGGAGCAGUACGUGGUGCGCUAUCGCUGCGUGGAGGCGCUCAAACACCAGCUCAGCCUACUGGAGCGCGCGCAGGCAGAGGCGGCGGAGGAGCAGCAGGCCGCCAUCCUGCAGCUCAUACACAAGUACGAGGCCGAGGACGUGCUCGGCAAGUUGCACGACACCGACGAGGAGGAGUCGAGCUCGGAGAGCAAGGACAGCUCGAUCCAUCAGCCGCGGCCCGCCGCCCGGCCCCGCACGCGUCUGCGCAUCAACACCGCCGGGACUCGGCUGGGGUCAGCGCGGCGCGCGUUCGGCGCGAUGGGCGCGCGCGACUCGCUGGACGACGUGCGCGACGAGGACGACUCGCGCUCCCCCUCACCCUCGCACUCCGACUCUGACAUGCAGCUCUUUGGGGCAGGGGGCGGUGUGGGGGAGGGUCGGGAGACGCGCGAGGGCGGUCGCUGGCGGCCCCGCCCCGCCACGCGCACGCUGGCCGCCGCCGACGACUUCGCAGAUCUUAUUGACGACGAGGAGGUGGCGGGGCCGGGGGCGGGGCUGGGGGCGGGAGGUGUGGCGGGAGGUGCGGGAGGACGCUCCAGCUCCUCCGACAGCGAGCUGCGCCGCGCUGAUCAGCUCAGCGACGACGAGUUCUAA